AUGCGAAGGAUAGAAAAUCGUAAUAAUAUAGUUUCCGCUGGGGAACCGCAAAUAACGUCACCUGUUACUCCAGAGGACUCACUGCCAAGUCAGCGACGUAUACCGAAGAGUAAAGUCUGCAAUCCAGAAGAGACAAAUUCCAAAAUGAUCUUUCAUUUCGUUUGCUGUUGUCAACAAUUUGACAAUGUCGGAAUUUUUGCUUAUUACUAUUGUUCUUUCAAAUGUACUUACGUGCUAAACAUUUUUUUUAUUUUAUUGUUAACUUUUUAUUUUCAGAUAUUUUUUGGUACAGUACAGUCUCGUAUAUAUUUAUCGGCUGAUUUAAUGGGUAUCAAUUGUCAUACUGGCAUGUCUUGCUUGUUACGGAAAUCUGUAAUCGAUGAACUAGGUGGUUUGAAAACAUUUGGUUGUUAUCUAGCCGAAGAUUUCUUUAUCGCCAAAGUCAUUCGAGACAAGGGAUGGAAAAUGCGCAUAAGUAAUCAACCGGCAUUGCAAAAUAGUAGAAUUUGUGAUGUAAACAGAUUUCAAGAGCGGCUCAUACGUUGGGCGAAAUUACGCGUAGCCAUGGUACCGAAAACAAUACUGUUAGAGCCUCUCUCCGAGUGCAUGGUAUUAGGCGCCUUAGCCUCAUGGUCUGCAUCGUUACUAUUUAAUUGGGAUCCAUUAGUAUUUUACUUAGUGCAUAUACUCGCGUGGUUUCUUUCAGAUUGGAUAUUACUUUCUAUUGUGCAGAAUGGUUCAUUGACAUUUCAUAAGUUUGAGUUCGUCAUUAGUUGGCUUUUUAGAGAAAUAAGCGGUCCUUACCUAUUCCUUCAUGCGCUUUGGAAUCCAGCUAUUAGAUGGCGCAGACGAACUUAUAAGCUUCAGUGGGGUGGAAUCGCCUAUGAGUUACCAACAAGCAAUACGAAUAUGAGUACAAACCGUUUACUAGUAUCAUAGCAUAAGUUGAUGAUGCCUAAUUAUCAGCAUCUUAAUUUUAAUACGCAAACCAAUAGUAAUAGUACGAAUAUAUUUUUUUGUGUAAAGUUAGGAUCGCCUUUUUCGGAAUUUUGCAUUGAUAUAAGGUAUAUUUUGGUUUAAAUGUAUACCUAUGUAUAUGUUGAAUCGGAGUUUCUUUUAAGAAGUACCCUAGAAAUGUAUAAAUGUAAGUGAAAAAGAAGGAAUGUAUGAAGUAUUAUUGUAAGUAGUCUAGCUGUAAAUUUUGUAAUGCGUAAAAUAAUGACGUGUAACUUAAAAAUCAAUCUUAACAAAUGCUAAAUAGAAACAAUGUUACAGUAAAUAUUAUUAAAUUCAUAAUAUAACUUUGAGAUGGCUGACAAGUUCGCAGCCCAAGGUA